CUUCAAAAGGAAAUGACUAAAUUCCACAGUAAUGUCAACGUUUUAGAUGCCUUUACCCAACCUGAAUAUCAAGCAUGGAUUGGUGGAUCUAUCCUGGCAUCAUUACCAGACUUCCAAACUAUGUUAAUUUCCAAACCAGAUUACACGAAACAGGGUAUUCAAGUUGUUCACGAAAAAUGU